CAAAGUCCCAUUCGCCGGGUGCACACCGCAGCACCUAGGACACCUCUGCUUCGACAAUAAUUCUCGUCAUACUCCUCACUUUUGAAAGCAAAUAGAUCCCGUGUACUCCUUGUUUGCUUUAGACUUUCAAAGCCUCCGAGGAGUAUCAACGAACUAUUUCAUCUUCAUGAAAUGUCGAGUGUUGGACCUAUCAACCGCGUUCCACCUGAACUUCUCACGGAAAUCUUCCUUUGGUUUUCUGAUAUCACACAUGACAUCUCCCGCGCCGGAGAAAGCCCUUGGACUCUAACCCAUGUCUGCCAACUUUGGCGGGAUAUGUCCCUCCGAACACCAUCCCUUUGGUCAUCAUUUUCAUACACGAAAUCAACGAAAUCCCCCCUUAAUUUGAUCACCACUCAAAUUGCUCGUUCUAAAAGAGAACCGCUGUCGUUCCACGUGGAUUUUGCGUGCGACACGUUGAUAUCCAUCGAGGUUCUGUUACAGGAAACGAUGGGCCUAUGUGUUUUUGAUAUCCUUAUGGCGGAAGCUGACCGGUGGAAGGAUGUGACUCUGCUCAUUCCUGAUGAUGCGCUCGGCAUGUUCAUGGAUAUAUUGUCCGCUUCCCAGGAAGAGUUCCCUCUUCUUCAGACAAUCAAUAUCUACCGCCGGAGGGUCAUAACCACGGAGGUCAUCAUAAUACCAGACCCCAUGUUCGUCGAGGCCCCGGUGCUUUCCUCCGUGCGGUUGUUCCCUUUCAUCGAUUUAGGGUUACCCUGGACCCGGCUGACGGAAAUCGAGACCAGCCACCUUCCGGUUGAAGUAGAGUUCACAAUUAUUACAGAGUCACCGUUGUUGAGGAAACUGGUGACGACGCAUCGGUACGGCCGGGAAGAUCUUGCAGUGGCCGAUACCACGCCUGUCGUUCACGCUGCCCUACGCGUCUUCGGACCAAUGUACACCACUAUUCUCCCACAUCUCGUCCUUCCCUCGUUAACCGAGCUCGUUGUCGAUAUCUUUGUCGACAGAGAUCCGCCCAACGCACUGUCUGACUUCAUCAGCCGCUCGGGGUCGUCCGUUCGCCAUUUCUCGCUCCAUGUCCAUCUGCUGUCGUCAGUUACAACGCUUCCCGCGGACUUUGCGCAGAAGCUCGUGGGUAUAUUCUCGCAGAUGCACGCCCUCGUCGAUCUCGACGUCGAUUUUGAUUUCACGUCGUUAUUGGAGCGCGAGCGCGAUCUCGCGCCAAUUUUUUUCGAUACGUUACAGGGAGGUCAGCUUGUGCUCCAGAAGCUCGAGAGGAUUAACGUCAAAGCGAAAAGGUGCAUAUGCAGUUUGGAGGACAUUGUAGCGCUUGUUCAGUAUCGAUGGGUCAAGGCUCUCGUUGAAGGUGGCAACGUUACUCGGUUGAGAAGGAUAAACGUGGAAUGCGAUGGCCUGAAGAAAAUGUUCAAGGACGACGCCUUGGACUGUCUGGAUAAUCUGCGGAGGUUCAAGACAGAAGGUCUGGAGUUUAGUGUCGUUAUCAAUGGGGUAUCAUUUGACUGGGAAUCGUAUAUCGUUGGACCGCCCAGGUUUGAUUCGCUGGAAGCAUCAGAUAUUUCCGAUACAGAAUUCGUGGACUAAACUUCUUUGAUACCACUUGAAAAUAUUGUAGGCGUUUCCGGGGAUGGACUGAUAUACUAUGUGGGCGCUGGACUAUGAUAUGUUUGGAACACACGUUCGAUGUAUGGAACUCUAUCUAAGUGUCGGCAUACCAUUUCUGACGACCAUUGCUGAGAAUAAAUGUAGCCUCAUCAUUACUACGAAGUCGUACGAGGAGCGCUGACUGUAUCGUGAUUCAGUCCAAUCCUAUAAUGCGCAGCAUGCUCCACCUAUCUGAUUCGAGUUUCGACUACUUACUCAAAUUAGUGGCGCAGCCAGGAUGUCUAUUGAAAUCGUAG